AUGACCAUCCUUUUCCUUACUAUGGUUAUUUCAUACUUCGGUUGCAUGAAGGCUGCCCCCAUGAAAGAAGCCAACGGCCGAGGACAAGGCAGCUUGGCCUACCCAGGUGUGCGGACCCAUGGGACUCUGGAGAGCGUGAACGGGCCCAAGGCAGGGUCGAGAGGCCUGACAUCCUUGGCUGACACUUUUGAACACGUGAUAGAAGAGCUGUUGGACGAGGACCAGAAAGGUCGACCCAAUGAAGAAAACAGUAAGGACGCGGACUUAUACACUUCCAGGGUGAUGCUCAGUAGUCAAGUGCCUUUGGAGCCUCCUCUCCUCUUUCUGCUUGAGGAAUACAAAAAUUACCUGGAUGCUGCAAACAUGUCUAUGAGGGUCCGGCGCCACUCUGACCCUGCCCGCCGCGGGGAGCUGAGCGUGUGCGACAGCAUUAGCGAGUGGGUGACAGCGGCAGAUAAAAAGACUGCAGUGGACAUGUCGGGCGGGACGGUCACCGUCCUUGAAAAAGUCCCUGUAUCGAAAGGCCAACUGAAGCAGUACUUCUACGAGACCAAGUGCAAUCCCAUGGGUUACACAAAGGAGGGCUGCAGGGGCAUAGACAAAAGGCAUUGGAACUCCCAGUGCCGAACUACCCAGUCGUACGUGCGGGCCCUCACCAUGGAUAGCAAAAAGAGAAUUGGCUGGCGAUUCAUAAGGAUAGACACUUCCUGUGUAUGUACAUUGACCAUUAAAAGGGGAAGAUAG